GGGGCGGGGGCGGGGCCGGGUCUGAAUGAAGGCGCCGCGGUGUGGGGGCCGCUGAGCGCCCCGGCCCGCGCCCGCCCCGCUCGCCCCUUCCCUCCCCCGCUCCCCGCGGGCAGGCCGCGCCCCGCCAUGUCCUACACCAAGAUCCCGCCGCGCUGGCUCCACUGCCCCCGGAGAGGGCAGCCCGUGGCAGGGAAGUUUUUACCUUUGAAGACAAUGUUAGGACCGAGAUAUGAUGAACAAGUUGCUGAAGAAAAUCGUUUUCACCCGAGUAUGUUAUCCAACUACUUAAAGAGUCUGAAGGUUAAAAUGGGUUUACUGAUAGACUUGACCAACACUACUAGGUUCUAUGAUAGGAAUGAUAUAGAGAAAGAAGGGAUUAAAUAUAUAAAGCUCCAGUGUAAAGGGCAUGGUGAGUGUCCUACACCUGAGAAUACAGAAACAUUUAUCCGUGUAUGUGAACACUUUAGUGAAAAGAAUCCCACGGAGCUUAUAGGUGUCCAUUGCACACAUGGUUUCAAUAGAACUGGAUUUCUCAUCUGUGCCUUUUUAGUUGAGAAGUUGGACUGGAGUAUUGAGGCUGCCGUGGCUACUUUUGCUCAGGCUAGACCUCCAGGUAUUUAUAAAGGUGACUACUUGAAGGAAUUAUUUCGUCGUUAUGGGGAUGAAGAUGAUGCACCGUCACCACCUGAGCUACCAGAAUGGUGCUUUGAUGAUGAUGAAGAGGAGGAUGAAGAUAAUGGUAAAGCAGGAGGCCAGGAGUCAGAACCUGGAUCAUCAGGCUCUUCCUUUGGCAAAAGGAGAAGAGAACGUCUAAAACUGGGUGCAAUUUUCUUGGAAGGAAUAACAGUUAAAUAUGUGACCCAGGUGACAACACAACCGAAGUUAGGAGGAAUACAGCAAAAAUGUCAGCAGUUCUGUGGAUGGGAAGGGUCUGGGUUCCCUGGAGCACAGCCUGUUUCCAUGGAUAAGCAAAAUAUUAAAUUUUUGGAGCAGAAGCCAUACAAAGUUAGCUGGAAAGCAGACGGCACUCGGUACAUGAUGCUGAUUGAUGGCAAAAAUGAAGUUUAUAUGAUUGAUAGAGACAACUCGAUUUUUCAUGUAUCUAAUCUGGAAUUUCCGUUUCGUAAAGAUCUUCGCGCACAUCUAGCAAACACUCUUCUGGAUGGGGAAAUGAUCAUCGACAAGGUUAAUGGACAGGUUGUCCCUCGGUACUUGAUAUAUGACAUUAUUAAGUUUAAUGGACAGCCUGUUGGAGACUGUGAUUUUAAUGUUCGACUUGCAUGUAUAGAGAAAGAGAUUAUAUUUCCACGACAUGAAAAGAUGAAAAGUGGUCUUAUUGAUAAAACACAGGAACCAUUCAGUGUUCGAAACAAACCUUUUUUUGACAUCUACGCUUCAAGAAAGCUCCUGGAAGGAAGCUUUGCCAGAGAAGUUAGCCAUGAAGUAGAUGGACUGAUAUUUCAGCCUACAGGAAAAUACAAGCCUGGUCGAUGUGAUGAUAUUUUGAAAUGGAAGCCACCCAGCCUGAACUCUGUUGAUUUCCGUCUAAAGAUAACAAGAAUUGGUGGAGAGGGGCUACUCACCCAGAAUGUUGGUCUUCUUUAUGUUGGAAACUUUGACAGACCUUUUGCACAAAUUAAGGUGACAAAAGAACUGAAACAGUACGACAAUAAGAUUAUAGAGUGCAAGUUUGAGAACAACAGCUGGGUCUUCAUGAGACAGAGAAUAGACAAAAGCUUUCCAAAUGCCUACAGCACUGCCAUGGCUGUGUGCAACAGUAUUCAGAAUCCAGUCACGAAGGAGAUGCUGUUUGAGUUCAUUGACAGAUGUACAGCAGCUUCUCAGGGACAGACGCAGAAACACCACCUUGAUCCUGACACUGAACUCAUGCCACCUCCACCACCGAAAAGGCCGGCUACCAUAACAUAGGGCCUUGGUCUCAGCAGAUUGCAGGUUUACAGUUCUGCAGAAGGUGAAAUGCAAGUGUGAAGGCUGGAAAAAAAGAAAUGAGAAUUGCUGUAAAUACUUGGGUGUGGGAUUUUGAGUUUGUUGUUCGUUUCUGGGUUGUUUUUUUUUCUUUCCAAAGUCCACGUAUGAAUGGACAUGGUUUUCUAAUUGAUAAAUUCAACCUUACCUUAAGGUAUUUGAAGGUGAAUUUUCCAAAGGUUCAGAUCUUCGUUGUACUGUUCUUGUACAAUUAAGUCAAUGGAAAGCUGCCUUGUUUAUAUAUGGAUCUCUUUUCACCUUUAAUUUAUAAUGUCAGCAAUCUGGAACUGAGAAAACAUUGGGAUGCUGUACUUUUUAGAGGCUGUGUUUAAAAAUAAACAGAAGUGUUUUUUAUUGUUGUUAUUCAACUGGUUGCGAUUUGUCGCCCAUAGGUAUAACAAAUCAUAGUAUCCCCGCAUUUCCGAGACUUCUGUUUAACAGCAUACAGAAAUGUUGUUUGUGCUCUGUGUUGUUUAAAAACUAAGCCACUUUAGAUUUCACCAAUUUCAAAAUUAGCUUUUGUUGUUGAAAUAUUAAAAACGUGAAUCCUUCUUGUAAACUGCAUCCCUUUGAAAGGAAAUGUGCUGGGUGUUUAUUUUUUCCCCGUUUGAACCUAACACACCAAAUGUACAGCGGACUGAUCUUAGCUUUGCUUUUUUUAAGUUUAUCUGUAGAUAAGGAAUACACCAAAUCCUUAGUAUUAAGGUCUCUGUUAAGAGACUGUUUUUAGUACAGGGCUUAGUUCUCCACAGUGAUACUGUUGUAAAUGUUACUAAAAUAAAGUAUACAUCACUGGGAUAUGCAAGAGUAAUAAGCAGUGCUAAUCAGGCUGUCUUAGAUCCAGGCACAAAAUGGCAAAAGAAAACCCAGACAACUCCUAUGUAAAAGAGAAGGUAGUCUCAGUAGGAGACCGCUGCAUCAGACAGAAAGUCUCCUGGUUUAGGUAAUUGCAGGGAAAAAUAAGCCAUUAAAGAGAGGGAAUGAGUGUCCCAGGGAACAGGACACUCAUUUUCAAAGGUGGGGUUGGGUCUCCUGACGCACCCUGCUCAUCCUCUGGCUGACUUUCUUUCAUACCAAAUGAAGAAGCACAUGAAUGCCCUCCUGGCUCUUGUUGCAGUGCACUGGCAGAUGUUCAUAAUAAUAUUAAUUUUGAGAAGCUGCGUUCUUGUUGUCUGAGGGAGGAGUUGUUCUGAGCUGGGAUUAAUUGGAAACCAAAUGCAGAUUUUAAAGUUUACUGUACAUUUAUCAAGCAGGGAUCGAACUGGCUCUGUCUGUAGUUUACUUAGUGUAUGAGUCAUACAUUCAUUCAGCAAUCUGAUUAGUGAAGCUCAUUAAUUUGUUAUAACUAAAAUGCUUUUCUGUUUAAAUGAGUUUUAAUGUUUAAUGCAAAAUUAACUCCUGCAUAUUUUUUUCCUGUAUGGAAACUUUAUGACUAUGCUUUCUAGUGGCUUCUUUAGUUGUUUCAACCUGUUGUAUAAAUGCAUCAUUUGGACAGCAUUCCUAGUGUCUUUUUCUGGGAUAUUCCUGAUGUGUUUUAGAGAACUUGAAGAACUUCUAUAAGUUACUUUUUAUACUAUGGUAAAACUUGAGGGGAAAAAAAUGCAUUCAUCAAAGUUCUUUUUUUCAAUUGUACAUAGUUUCUGCAUAUUGUCUAUAGAAAAGAUAUAAUAUCACCUAUGCAAGGUUGCAAAAUUAUCUCCUAAAAAGAGCCUUAUGAAUCUGAUGUGAAAACCUAUGCAGCCUCUGUGCAUCUUGUGUUGAAACACACAGUAAAUUAUUUCUUCACUCAGUAUAAAUAAUUUCCCCCGAUUAUAUUUGUCAUUGAGAUUGUUAUAACAUAUACUUUGUCACUGAUCUUCAUGGUUCUAUGGCAGUUGCAGUGUCUAUGAUGAUUACAGCCUUCUCCAUGGGAUUAAGACAUCUCAUUCUUUUUAAGGAUGUGUCCAAGUUAUUUGUGUCUUUCUCCUUCCCAGCCUUGGAUGUUGUAUUUCAGUAAGACUGAGCUUCUGGUUUGUCUCUUACUCCAGAGCUGCAGCACCACAGGCUGUCUUCCAUGUGCGUUACACCAGGUUCCUGAAUCUGUUGUGGCCCUUGUAUUUUGACAGUGUCUGAUUUUCCACGCUCAGCCUGAAAUGGAUAUUUUGAAAGAGUAAUGACUCUGAGAAGGUUUAGACUUCCAUGUUCACAUUGGAUUGUCCAGGUUUUCUUGCACUGACCUGUAGCUUUUUGGAGAGGUCAGUUGCCUUUGCUUUUCUGGAAUAUGAAGCAACUGGGGAAGUGUUGAAUGAAGAACUUGAAAACAAAUGGAAUUUCACUUGGAUCAGAAGGGAUUCAUGCUGUGAGAAAUGCAAACCUCCUGUCUCUGCUCCUAGAUAUUCAAGAGUUGGAACAUAAGAAGCAAAGAAGAGUCUGUGCCAGGAAAAUAAUGAUGAUAAAAACCCCCUAACUUGUCUGUUCAUUGGUGUACAGCAUGAACUCAUCCACUGUUUUGUCAUUUGUUACAUAUAUAAUUUGGUUUCGGUGGAGUUUCCAGAAAAUGUAAGUACAUUCCUCUACAAACUCUGUAGUAAGUAUUUUAAUAAAGUCAAUGGUUUAAAAUA